AGGAAGAAGCGCCCAGAUAAGGGAUUGUUCUAUGACUUCCUGAGAAAUAGUGAAAUGUCAGGUUCUUCACCAUUUAAGAUGCGAUUAGUUCAUUUGGACCUUAAAGGAGCUCCACCAAAGGUCUCCUACCUCUCUGAGCUUCUUCAGAACGUCCCCAUGCUCGCAGGAGAGGAAACUUCGACAGACACAUCAACAGGAGUGUUAAAGUCUUGUUGGACCUGCUGUGCCCCUUGUCCAGGGCAGGGUCUUUCCUCUGUUCCAUGCCCUUGGCGCCAACGGGCUCCUCCUCGAGUACGAAGACAUGUUUCCCUACGAGGGCCACCUCAGGCUUCUGAGAGCCAAGCACGCAUACAGGAGCUGGAGUAUGAAUAGCAGCUGCUGUGAACCAGAGCCGGAGUGUCAACAGGAGUUGCUGUGAACCAGAGCUGGAGGGUGAACAGGAGGUGGUGUGAACAAGAGCUGGAGGGUCAAGAGGUGCUGAUGUGAAUAAGAGCUGAGAGUCAAGAGGAGCUGGUGUGAAGAAGAGCUGGAGUGUCAACAGGUGCUGGUGUGAACAAGAGCAGGAGGGUCAGGAGGAGCUGGUGUGAACAAGAGCUGGAGGCCCCCCUGAAAUUAAAGAGAUCCUACAUCUGGCUACACUGAAUGAGCUAGAGGUCAUUCCGUUGGUGCAGACAUUUGGACACAUGGAGUUUGUGCUGAAGCACGAGGCUCUCGCUCACCUCCGAGAAGUGGCACUUUUCCCUAACACCCUGAACCCGCAUGAGGCCGAGUCCCUGGCCCUGGUGGGAGCCAUGAUCAGCCAGGUCAUGGAGCUGCACCCGGGCGCCCGGUGGCUCCAUGUCGGCUGCGACGAGGUCUACUACCUCGGGGAGGGCGAGGCCUCGAGACGGUGGCUGCAGCAGGAGCACAACACCAAAGCCAGACUGUGCCUGUCCCACAUGAAGGCGGUGGCCUGCCACGUGCUGGCCCGGCACCCGGCCACCAGGCCCCUGGUGUGGGACGACAUGCUGCGGGCCAUCCCCGAGGACCAGCUCGCAGCAUCGGGGGUCCCACAGCUGGUGGAGCCCGUGCUCUGGGACUAUGGGGCCGACCUGGACGUCCACGGCAAAGCUCUUCUCAUGGAAAAGUACCGGAAGUGUGGUUUUCUCCGGCUGUGGGCUGCCAGCGCUUUCAAGGGGGCCACGGGGGCGAGCCAGGCCCUGACCCCCAUCGAGCACCACCUCAGGAACAAUGUGCAGUGGCUGCGGGUGGCAGCCAGGGGGCCAGCGGACAUGCUGCAGGGCAUCGUCCUGACCGGCUGGCAGAGGUACGACCACUUCUCGGUGCUGUGCGAGCUGCUGCCCGUGGGGAUCCCGUCCCUGGCCGUCUGCCUGCAGUCGCUCCUACACGGAGGUUUUGCUGAAGACGUUAAAGCAAGAGUGGAGAACUUUCUCGGGAUUUCAAACCUAGAAACGACUGACUUUACAGGCGAGGGCGCCGGCUCCUUCCCCGGUAGCGACAUCCUGGCCCUCGUCACGCACGUCAGCCUCCACCUGCGCAGCUCUGUGGACGCGCUGCUGGAGAGGGACAGGCGGGCUGGGCUGCUGGCUGCCGUGGGCCCACCUGUGUGGCUCUGCCCCCAGGUACGUGACCGGCUGGUUUGGCCCCUACCACCGCCGGCGGAAGCUCAUCCACCCCGUCAUGGUCCAGCACAUCCAGCCCCCGGCGCUCAGCCUCCUGGCCAGGUGGAGCACCGUGGUGCAGGAGCUGGAGGCCGCCCUGCGGCGCGUCUUCUACCCGGACGCCGUGGAGGAGUGGCUGGAGGAGAACGUGCGUCCCAGCCUGCAGCGGCUGCAGGCCUUGCUGCAGGACCUGAGGGAGGCAGCCAGCGCCAGCCCCAGCCCGCAGGCGGGUCGGGACCCCUGAGGGCCGGGCCCUGCGUCCGUCCAAUGUCCGCCCCUGCCGCACCCAUGGGGCAGACGGUUAGCGCCUGGAAGGCAAGUGGAAAAUGUGCAAGGAAAACACGCAGGGGCCUGCUUCCUGAUUGUGUGUAGAGCUUGUUGGGUUAAAAUAAAGAGCAGGACCCGGAACUCA